UAAAAUUCCUUUUCCGAGUCCCGAGGGUAUCCGCUCGUUCGGGUUCGGGUAUCUUGUUAUAUUCAGCGAACGGCAUUGCACUGGUUGGUGUACCUAUCGUUUUUUGCCAGCCACCCACAAGGGAUCACGUUCACGCGAAUUCUGUUUACCGGCGCGGAGUAAUAGACUCGAUUAAAUAAAACUGAUCCGCCUGUUCGUCGCCGACCCGUUUUUCGUGUCAUAAAAUACGUAGUCAUGGGCGUGGAUGUGGAAGUUCUUUCUCCCGGAGACGGUCAGACGUAUCCGAAAACCGGACAGACCGUAGUCGUUCAUUACACAGGGACUCUCGAUAAUGGGAAGAAAUUCGACUCCAGCAGGGACCGCGGAGUGCCAUUUAAAUUCAAAAUAGGUAAAGGAGAAGUUAUUAAAGGUUGGGACCAAGGAGUUGCUCAAAUGUGUGUAGGAGAACGUGCUAGGUUAACUUGUUCACCAGACUUUGCCUACGGUAGCCGAGGACAUCCAGGAGUAUAUCCUUUAAUGCAUAAAUAAUUUCAAAAUUAUACAUAUUACAUACAGUGAUUUUUAUUAAUAUUCAGGCGUGCUUCAAAAUUGUAAGGUUUCACAGAAAAUUAAUCCUUUGCACUGGAAAGCCUUUUGCGCUCGGG